AUGAAUGAUCAUGAUCAUGAACAUGAUGACGAUGAAGAUGAUGAUGAAGGAGAUCACGUGUCGAGGCAGAGGUCGGCAAGGGCGGAGCGCCGGAUGUGCUCGUUCUUCAUGGCAACGUCGGUGAAGAUGAUCUGAUCCGGACGGACGCCCUGCGCCGCGGCGUCUGCGAGGGAAGAGGCAGGCCGAAAAUCAGGAGGUGAAACCCUAGAUGAAGAGGGGAGAAGAAGAUGUACUCACAGGCACGGAGCCUCAUCUCCCCCGCCGCCGGAAACCUAAGCAGCCAGAGAGCACUGUUCGGAACUCGCUUGAGGAUGUUGCACCUGGAGGAAGAGCACAGAUCGUGACGAGAAUCAGUCCCACACAGAUCGAAGACGACGAUCCAUCUCAGAUCAGGAGAAGAAGAAGAAAAAUACCAGGUGUUGAAGAUCUCCGGAUCCAUCUUGUAGAGCUGGUUGAAGCAGGCGAAGAUGAACUUGUCCUCUGGCAAGCCGUAGUCAGAUCGCUUGUGGCGACAGACGGGAUCCAGAACAUCGCAACUUUUCUGGAGCAACAGCAGCACGAUCCAGAGGGCGGGGUGGGUGUGACGGCUUUGCAGAGGAGGAACGGGGAUUUCACAGAGCUCAAGAACCCUAGCACAGUGCUACAAUUUACCUGCUUGUAAUCGUUGACGAAAUAGCAGUGCGGGAGAUGAACGAGCUUCUCCGAGUAUAUAUGGGCGAAGCGCAGAGGAGAAACGAACUGCAAGCCCAUUAAACAAAGAAAGAAAGAAACGAGGACGGAUCUUCAGUACAAUGCAUGCAGGAUUUGGUUUCAAGAUGAGCGUUGACUUUUAUCCAGGGAUGACUAGAACAACAGAACCGAACCUCGUCAGUCACCAGGUAGUCAAUGUAUGGCGCCCCAGUUGUCCCAGGAAAACCCAUGUAAGAAACCUGGAUCGGUGCCGGCUCCAUGGCAAAUAUUUCAUUCCUCGCGCCCUACAAGAUCGAGUACAGAGGAAUAUUUAGCCUUCAUGUUCGAAAGACUAAAAGUUGACGUUUAAAAGUCAACGAAUAAAAAACCCAGGAUCCCCUCAUCCAAAAGACCCUAAACCACGGACAUGGUCAACGCAAAUCCUACUUGAUGAUCAUAAUAAAACCCUCAAUUCACGCAUGCUCCGUCGUCAAGGAAUCACACUCCCCAAAACUGGAAUAGAGAUCCCGACCAAAUGA